AUGUGUCCUGAGUUUGAAGCCGAUGAUUUUGAAAAUGAUAGGGACUACCUGAGCAACUUACACAUGAAUUGGUUUCGUGAAGUGAGGGAGCCACUCGUUCCGCCAUUCACUGGCGAGAGUGGUUUGAAAGUUGAACUGGAGACGGAUGCUACUCCAUUAGAACAUUUCAAUGUGUUUCUAAAUAAUACAGACAUGACCAAUAUAGCUUUUGAAACAAAUCGCUAUUUCUCGCAGAUACGAGCGCAGAAGGUUCCCUCCUGUUACUCCCGCAUGAACUCUUGGGUAGACACCAGUGGAAAUGAGAUCGCAAAAUUCCUGGGAAUGACGAUAUUGAUGGGCCUUGUUGACAAACACUGCAUAAGUUCGUAUUGGUCUACUGACAAACAUGAAAGCACUCUCAUCUAUGGAACUCAAAUGACAAGGGAUCGUUUCAUGUCAAUCCUUUCCUUUCUUCACCUGGCUGACAACUCCAUUGCUCCCAGUAGACUUGAAGAUGGGUUCGAUCCUCUGUACAAACUCGGUUCCGCAACACCUAUACUCCGGACCAGAACAUCGCCAUUGACGAGGGAAUGGUCCCGUGGAGAGGACGUUUGCGGUUCAGACAGUACAUACCAAACAAGCCAGACAAGUUUGGUAUAAAGAUCUAUAUUGCAAGUGAAAGUAAGUCUGGCUAUGUGUGUGACUUCAACGUCUACACUGGUGCAGACUUUGAUCCUGACCCUACCGCAGAAGUUGGCAAAUUGCAGUUGGGUCAUUCAUAUGGCGUUGUGAUGGGACUUCUACGUAGGGCAAGUCUUCUCAACCAUGGCUACUGUCUGUAUGUGGACAAUUAUUAUACAUCACCAACCCUUUUUGACAGAUUGUCGGCAGAGAACACAGCAGCAGUUGGAACUGUCCGCUUGAAUCGACGUGAAGUGCUGGUGGCGCUGAAAACAAAAACAAAACGUGGUGACGUUAUUUUCAGGCAACGAGGCAAUCUGUUGGCAAUGAAAUGGACAGAUAAGAGGGAUGUUUGUGUGUUGUCAACUAAACACAAUCACACCAUGGUUGUUACAACAAAGACUGACCGUAUAAGUGGUUAUCCAGUUGUGAAACCCUUGUGUAUUCUCGAUGACAAUAGGCACAUGGGUUUGGUGGAUCGUUCUUUUAAAUGCACAUUUUCAUGAAAAAUAUUUGUAAUAAUUAUUAUAUUAUGUUUUUC